AUGAUGGCCCUUAUCGACUAUCGUUUGCGUAUUACGCUUAACGAUGGCCGCCAGAUGACCGGUCAGCUUCUCGCAUUUGAUACCCACAUGAAUCUUGUGUUGUCAAAUACCGAAGAGUUCCGACGCGUCAAGUCAAAAAAGAGAAAGGCUGCUAAGCCCAACAAGAAACAAAAAAUUGCACAUGGCGACACAACGGAGGGUGCCCGCGCUGAGGGUGACCAAGGUGACGACGACGAAGACGACCACGAGCCCCUCCCGGCCCAAGAACAGAAGCGGACUUUGGGUCUGGUGAUUUUGCGCGGCGAAAAUGUUAUAAGCAUUAGCGUUGAAGCGCCUCCCCCGGAAUCAAAGCGCGAAGCGGCAUCGCUGGCUCCUGGACCGGGACGGGGAGUGCCUGCCAGUCGCGGUGCUGCUAUGCCCAUGGGUGCACCCCCGUUUGGUCCCCCGCCGGGCAUGCCGACAGGGCCGCCGCCUGGCUUUGCUGGUCGCCCACCCAUGGGACCGCCGCCGGGCUUCGGACCGCCGCCUGGCUUCCGUCCGCCUGGUGUGCCGUAG